CAACUGUCAUGGCUAUUCCGUUUGUCAUGUUGGCACAUGGCAAGUCAAAGUCAAAUAUAUAAAUUUUGUGAGAUUUUCACUGUAUAGGGAACAAUAAAACCAGAAAGUGGUAGAAAAGUAAUUAAGUUUACCUGAAUCACCCAGAACGACUACUUUCACUUUCUCAAUCGCAGCCAUUUCAUAUUUCAAAAUACGCUAGAUAGAUACCUAUUAUGACGGAAGAACGUCUGGUCACGGAGGUGCCCAGUAGUUUGAAACAACUUGCAAGACUUGUAGUGCGUGGCUUUUAUACAAUAGAAGACGCUCUCAUUGUCGAUAUGCUGGUAAGAAACCCCUGUAUGAAAGAAGACGAUAUAUGUGAACUUUUAAAAUUUGAAAGGAAGAUGUUACGUGCUCGAAUAGCAACCUUAAAAAAUGAUAAGUUCAUUCAAGUUAGACUAAAAAUGGAAACAGGACCUGAUGGGAAAGCACAAAAGGUUAAUUAUUAUUUCAUAAAUUAUAAAACAUUUGUGAAUGUGGUCAAGUACAAAUUAGACCUUAUGCGCAAGCGCAUGGAAACAGAAGAGCGUGACGCCACCAGCCGUGCCAGUUUUAAAUGUCCUGCCUGCGGGAAAACAUUCACAGAUCUAGAAGCGGACCAGUUAUAUGACAUGAUGACUCAAGAGUUUCGAUGUACAUUUUGUAACCAAGUUGUAGAGGAAGACCAGUCUGCGCUGCCAAAAAAGGACUGUCGGUUACUAUUAGCUAAAUUUAACGAACAAUUGGAAACUUUAUACGUGUUGUUACGUGAAGUGGAAGGAAUCAAAUUGGCCCCAGAAAUACUGGAGCCUGAACCAGUGGAUAUUAACACAAUCAGAGGAUUAACUAUGAAACAGCCACUGGCCCGGCCACCCGGCGAACAAUGGUCGGGUGAAGCGACUCGUAACCAAGGGCUCGCCGUGGAAGAGACGCGUGUCGACGUCACUAUCGGCGAGACAGACAACUCCAAUGAUGCCUUUGCGCACAGGAAGGAACGCCCCGUUUGGAUGGUGGAGAGCACAAUCGUCACCAAUGACCAAGGCGACAGUGCACAUUCCACAGAUGCCGCCCUCGAAAAAGCAGCAAGUAAUGCAAGUAAUACCAAAACGUCAGGAAAAGAAAAGAACGACGAUAUUAUGUCUGUUCUGCUUGCUCAUGAAAAACAAAAUACAGGUGGUACAGCUGCAAGUGCGUUGAAAGGAAUAGAACCCGAAAGUUCAGACUCCAGUGACGAUGAGUCAAAAGAUCCAUUCAAACUCAAAGACGAGUUGGCUGCAGUUGCUGAAAUGGAAAGCGACGAUUCUGAUUCUGAGGACAACGCGCCAACAGUAUUAGUGAACGGUAAAGCGGUACCCCUUACAAAAAUAGACGACACCACCAUCGCACAAAUGACGCCUUCAGAAAAAGAAACUUACAUACAGGUCUAUCAAGACUAUUACAGCCAUAUGUAUGAUUAAAAUUGUCAUUUACAACCCUUUCAUUAUGAAUAUAAUGUUAUUGCAUAUCCAAUACAAUUCUUUCAAUAAAUAACUAAAUUUUAUUUAGGACAUUUAUAGAGUUUAUAAAAAUAGGUAAGUGUUUUGGAACAGAUUUUGUAGUUGAGGUGGUAGUUAUUGAAAAGUAAAAAAAGAACAGUGUAAUAGGUUAAUAAUAAACGUUGGUUUAUUACAUACAUAUAAAUCAAAAGAA